ACCUUAUUAUCGGACGGGUCAGAAAUUCGGGCAAAAAGGAGAGAAAUUUUACAGGUACGGGAAGGCCGCAGCGAAGGAGCGGUGGACCCUCGGCUGUGGAAAUGGGUGUGUGAUGGAAUCCCAGUGAACCGUGAAACGUGGUGACUGACUGUUUUUUCGAGUCGAGUGGUUUCGGCAACCAAGGCCCAGCCCUACCGGGACUCUCUUUCUUCCUCAUCGGGAUCGUCUGGCCUCUGAUUAGGGUUUCCACCAUUCCCCCCCACCUUCUGCAAAUCUCAGUUUCUGUUCUCAUGCUAUCUCAUCAACUGGGCUCUUGUCAAGAUUGGUUGGAUGUUUGUUGCAUUUAAGGUCCUUUUUGUGAUUCAGAUACUGCCUUUGGAUUAAUGAAGAAAAUUUAUACUAGGCUGCUAUAUGGUUGUAGUAGGAGGAAGAGUGAUCAGACUCUGAGGACUGUUUCUGGGCUGUGGCACUGAAUUGUUGGUUGCUCUACGGUGAUAAUAGAGUGAUUGUGAAGAUAUGCUGUGCUUAUGUUUCUUCACCUUCUGUGCUAAAGUUAGUGAAUUUUAAAUACGGGUAGAACUUAGUUCUAUCUUAAGAAUACUGUUCAAAUAUGGGGCGCUUGAAGCUGCAGACAGGAAUCAAAGCAAUCGAGGAAGAACCUGAGGACUUUGAUGAUACUUAUUCCAAUAAAACUACUUUAGCAUGCAUGAUUAAUUCAGAGAUAGGAGCCGUAUUGGCAGUUAUGAGGAGAAACGUUAGAUGGGGGGGCCGUUAUGUGUCAGGUGAUGACCAGCUGGAACACUCUCUAAUUCAGUCUUUGAAGGCAUUACGCAAGCAGAUAUUUUCAUGGCAGCAUCAGUGGCAUACCAUCAAUCCUGCGGUAUAUCUCCAGCCAUUUCUGGAAGUGAUUCGAUCAGAUGAAACUGGUGCACCAAUCACUGGUGUUGCUUUGUCAUCUGUCUACAAGAUCUUAACACUUGAUGUGAUUGAUCAAAACACUGUAAAUGUGGAAGACGCAAUGAGCUUGUUGGUUGAUGCUGUUACCAGCUGUCGAUUUGAGGUUACUGAUCCUGCAUCAGAAGAAGUAGUACUGAUGAAGAUACUACAAGUACUUCUGGCUUGCAUGAAGGGUAAAGCAUCUAUUAUGUUGAGUAAUCAGCAUGUAUGCACUAUAGUCAAUACAUGCUUCCGCAUCGUCCAUCAAGCAGGGACAAAAGGUGAAUUAUUGCAGCGGAUAGCUCGGAAUACCAUGCAUGAACUUGUUAGAUGUAUUUUCUCACAUCUCUCAGAUGUUAACAACACAAAAGGUGCAUUGGUAAAUGGAACCAAUACGAGCAAGCAGGAGAUUGCUGGGCUUAACAAUGAGCAUGCAUUUCAAAGUAGACAAUUGGAUAAUGGCAAUAUGAGUUCUGAAUAUGAUGGUCAGUCAUUAUCCUUGAAUCUUGCUUCCAACACUUCAAUGGGUGCAGAAGCGGCUGGGUUAGAUGGAGAUACAAUUGGAGCUGGUACUGGCAAAAGCACUGUUCCAUAUGACUUGCAUCUCAUGACUGAGCCAUAUGGAGUUCCCUGCAUGGUGGAAAUAUUUCACUUCCUUUGCUCUUUGUUAAAUGUUGUUGAGCACAUGGGAAUGGAUCCUAGAUCAAAUACCAUAGCAUUUGAUGAAGACGUGCCUCUUUUUGCAUUGGGUUUGAUUAAUUCCGCUAUAGAGUUGGGUGGGCCCUCCAUACAUCAACACCCUAGGUUAUUAAGUUUAAUACAGGAUGAAUUGUUUCGUAAUCUAAUGCAGUUUGGCCUUUCAAUGAGUCCACUUAUUCUUUCAAUGGUAUGCAGCAUUGUUCUUAAUCUGUAUCACCAUUUGCGUACUGAACUCAAACUACAGCUUGAGGCAUUCUUUUCAUGUGUGAUUUUGAGGCUUGCACAAAGCAGAUAUGGAGCGUCUUACCAGCAGCAGGAGGUUGCUAUGGAGGCUCUUGUUGAUUUCUGCAGACAGAAGACAUUUAUGGUAGAGAUGUAUGCUAAUUUAGAUUGUGACAUAACAUGCAGUAAUGUCUUUGAAGACCUUGCUAAUCUUUUGUCCAAGAGUGCUUUCCCUGUCAACUGCCCAUUGUCAUCAAUGCACAUUCUUGCGCUGGAUGGUCUUAUUGCUGUUAUUCAGGGAAUGGCUGAGAGGGUAAGUAAUGGGUCAGCUGGAUCAGAAUAUACCCCUGUGACUCUGGAAGAAUAUACCCCGUUUUGGAUGGUGAAGUGUGACAACUACAAUGAUCCAGACCAUUGGGUUUUAUUUGUUCGCCGAAGAAAAUAUAUCAAGAGGAGGUUGAUGAUUGGAGCCGAUCACUUUAAUCGCGACCCCAAAAAAGGAUUAGAGUUCCUUCAAGGAACGCAUCUCUUGCCUGACAAACUUGAUCCUCAAAGCGUGGCCUGCUUUUUCAGGUAUACUUCUGGGUUGGAUAAGAAUCUUGUCGGGGAUUUCCUGGGAAAUCAUGAUGAGUUUUGUGUUCAGGUUCUUCAUGAAUUUGCUGGGACUUUUGAUUUCCAAGACAUGAAUUUGGAUACUGCAUUACGACUUUUUUUAGAAACAUUCCGACUGCCUGGAGAAUCACAAAAAAUACAGAGGGUUCUUGAGGCAUUCUCAGAGAGAUAUUAUGAGCAGUCACCACAUAUCCUGGUUAACAAGGAUGCUGCUCUGCUAUUAUCAUAUUCUCUCAUAAUGCUGAAUACAGACCAGCACAAUGUACAAGUGAAGAAGAAAAUGACAGAAGAGGACUUCAUCCGGAAUAACCGGCACAUCAAUGGAGGCAAUGACCUGCCUAGAGAAUUCCUAUCAGAGUUGUACCACUCAAUAUGCAAGAAUGAGAUCCGCACAAUUCCAGAACAAGGUGCCGGUUUUCCUGAAAUGACCCCUAGCCGUUGGAUUGACCUAAUGCACAAAUCCAAGAAAUCUGCCCCAUAUAUUGUAUCAGAUUCCAGGCCCUACCUUGACCAUGACAUGUUUGCUAUAAUGUCAGGGCCAACAAUUGCUGCCAUCUCUGUGGUAUUUGAUCAUGCUGAGCAUGAGGAGGUCUAUCAAACAUGUAUUGAUGGAUUCCUAGCUGUAGCUAAGAUCUCAGCAUGCCAUCAUCUUGAAGAUGUGCUGGAUGAUCUGGUUGUGUCACUCUGUAAGUUCACGACAUUGUUGAACCCAUCAUCUGUUGAGGAGCCUGUGCUAGCUUUUGGUGAUGAUGCAAAAGCCAGAAUAGCAACUGUCACAGUUUUCACUAUUGCCAAUAGGUACGGUGAUUAUAUUCGUACCGGUUGGAGAAAUAUUCUGGACUGCAUUUUAAGGUUGCACAAGCUUGGCCUUCUUCCAGCUCGUGUGGCCAGUGACGCAGCUGAUGAGACAGAGCUGUCUGCUGACACUGGACAGGGAAAGCCUCUAACGAAUUCUCUAUCCUCUGCUCAUCUGCCUUCCAUGGGUACUCCAAGGAGGUCAUCUGGAUUGAUGGGACGGUUUAGUCAGCUUUUAUCUCUUGACACAGAGGAGCCAAGAUCUCAACCUACGGAACAACAACUUGCUGCUCAUCAACGCACCCUUCAGACAAUUCAAAACUGUCAUAUUGACAGCAUAUUUACUGAGAGUAAGUUUUUGCAAGCUGAAUCUUUAUUGCAGCUUGCACGAGCACUGAUUUGGGCUGCAGGGCGCCCCCAAAAAGGGAAUAGCUCUCCUGAGGAUGAGGAUACUGCAGUUUUCUGCUUGGAAUUGCUAAUUGCAAUUACCUUGAAUAACAGGGAUAGGAUUGUGCUGCUGUGGCAGGGUGUAUAUGAUUACAUAGCCAACAUUGUUCAGUCUACUGUCAUGCCCUGUGCCCUGGUUGAGAAGGCUGUUUUUGGACUUCUCCGUAUUUGUCAGCGGCUGCUUCCUUACAAAGAGAACCUUGCAGAUGAACUUUUGAGAUCACUGCAACUUGUUCUGAAACUUGAUGCCCGGGUUGCUGAUGCAUACUGUGAGCAAAUUACGCAGGAAGUCAGUCGCCUUGUUAAAGCAAAUGCCUCUCAUAUCAGAUCCCAACUGGGUUGGCGGACGAUUACCUCCCUACUCUCCAUCACUGCCAGGCACCCUGAAGCCUCAGAAGCGGGAUUUGAUGCAUUAUUUUUUAUCAUGUCUGAUGGGGCACACUUGUUGCCAGCCAAUUAUGUUCUCUGUGUUGACGCAUCAAGGCAGUUUGCUGAAUCUCGUGUUGGACAGGCAGAGCGUUCUGUUCGAGCACUGGAUCUUAUGGCUGGUUCUGUUGAUUGUUUAGCACAGUGGGCCUGUGAGGGUAAGGAAGCAAUGGGAGAGGAGGAAGCUGUGAAGAUGACUCAGGAUAUUGGGGAGAUGUGGUUUCGGCUCAUUCAGGGACUGAGAAAAGUUUGUUUGGACCAGAGAGAAGAUGUUAGAAAUCAUGCUAUACUGUCUUUGCAAAAGUGCUUGACGAGAGUGGAUGGGAUACAUCUUUCUCAUGGUUUAUGGUUACAAUGUUUUGAUCUAGUGAUCUUUACAAUGCUGGAUGACUUACUUGAAAUUACGCAAGGACACCCAAAGGACUAUCGGAACAUGGAAGGAUCACUUGUCCUUGCGAUGAAGCUCUUGCCCAAAGUGUUUUUGCAGUUGCUUCCUGACCUAUCUCAGUUAACAACCUUCUGCAAAUUAUGGCUUGGUGUUCUUGGUCGAUUGGAAAAGUAUAUGAAGGUGAAAAUUAGAGGUAAAAAAAGUGAGAAACUUCAGGAACUAGUACCUGAGUUGCUCAAGAAUACCUUGCUUGUCAUGAAGACAAAAGGUGUGCUUGUGCAAAGAAGUGCACUGGGAGGGGACAGCUUAUGGGAGCUGACAUGGCUUCAUGUUAACAACAUUGCUCCAUCCUUGCAAUCCGAGGUUUUCCCUGAUCAAAAUUUGGAGCAUUCACACAGUAAGCAAGGUGAAGCAGGGGAAGAUAUAACAUCUGAUGAAAUGGGCCAUGUACCUUCAACUGAAGGUGCUGCUGGUGGUGGUUAGCCUGUUAUACAAUAUAUUGCCAAUGUCAUGGCGAUGCAUGUUCAUAAAUUACUAAGCAAACUCGGUCCCUACCAUUUGAGUUAUUUAUAAGGUGUAAAAUACUGAAGCUAGCGGACCGCAUGUUGAUUCUUGUUGGAGAGUUGCCAAAAGCAGCAGAUUGGCACGCAUGGAAGGAAUCCUGUAUCUAGUUGAAUGAAAAGCCAACCAGAUAGAUUGGUCAGUUUCCUUUGUUACAAUAUCCUUAGUCAUUGAACCGGUUUUCCCUCAUGUUUUUCCUCCGCAAAACUUUAUUAUGGUUGAUGUCAAGAUAAAUAGUGGUUUUUCCCUAAUGAGAUGUUACACUGGCCUUGUAGUAAGGUACUUUUAUAGGCUGAGAAUUUGAUCACCCUUUUGUUUUUUAAUUCUGUCACAUUGAGAAAUCGCAAGGGAAAGAAGUUGCUCUCUUCCAGAAUGUAAGAAAUUCAUCAAUAGUUUUUAUAUCGGCUUGCUUAUUGUUUGUACAGAACUGGUUUGUUACUUUGUACUGCUGAGAAGUAUAUUUUUCACUCA